UCUGUCAAAGCAUCACAUUGUCAUCGAAGCACGCUGCAUCCAGGUACCAUGACUUCGCCUCUCAUCAGAGACGGGCCCUCAUCGCCACCAGAAGCUCCACGGCGCAAACCCGUGCCUGGCAGAGGCUUUCCAAAGACUCGGCGCGGCUGCUUCAAUUGCAAGCGGCGUCGUGUCAAGUGUUCUGAGCACCGACCCGAGUGUCAAGGCUGUCGCCGCAUGCGCUUACCAUGCGUUUAUCCCGCGGCUGUUUUGCCUGAUCCUCAGAAUGUCCCUUCAGCGCCUACAGUCAAAGUAUGCCUCGAUCAUCUUCGGUUUUUCCAUCAUUUCCUCACCGAAGCAUAUCCACCGCAUCCAUAUGGCGCCUCAGCUGUGUGGCAAGAUGUGGCUGCGCUCUCGCACAAGUAUGAAUUUCUGGCCUCAAGCAUACUAGCUCUUGCGGCCCAGCACCUGACUGUGUCCAAUAAAGCCGACUACUCUGUGGAGGCUCUGAAUCUCAGAAUCUCCGCUAUUCGGGGUUUAAAUGAUGCGCUAUCGCAACCUUGUCAUACCGUGAUCGAUGCGGACGCCCGUUAUGCUGCAAUCAUCGGCCUCACCUUUCAGUCUACCUACAUGCCAGACGGCCUGAUGGAGUUCAUAGCAAUGAUGCGUGGAUGGAUGCUCAUCUCGACCACUUUGGUAACUGAUCAUCAGACAUCCAUGUUCCGUCAAUUCACACGCAAUUCGUGGGUUGGAAGCAUGGAGAAAUUUGUGGAGGAGCAGCACGGAUCUACCGAUGAAAUAGUCAUUGAAGAUUUUCUCGCAUCCCUCAAAAUACUUCAGCCCUUACUUCAAGGACAAGCUGAGCUGCAGUACCUCUCAAGACUGGAGAGAUUAGCUCUACUGAGCAAAACAUCACCACGAGACGCACUCUUGGAAAUGGUAUUCUGCUAUGCUUUGACAAACAAGAUGACGGAUGGAGACUACGCCAGCUUCACGGAUCCUUCCAACUACCGAGCCCAGAUUCUUCUUGCGCAUUUCUUGGUACUGAACCAUAUGCUGGAAGAAUGCUUCCUCAGCACUUCUAGUAGACGGUUUGCCUUUUUGAAACAGAUCACUCGGUCCUGGAUCUUGAAUAUUGGGAGACGUUUGCCUGACGGUUUGCGGAGGUUCAUCAUGUGGCCUUUGGGCCAGGCAAGAGAUCUUUCUGCUUAG